ACAACAACCACAAAUUGCAGUUUGUCAAAAGCAGCGAAAGUGACACGCAAACAGAUUUCAAGCAUAGCUGUGCAACAAAUAAAAUAUUUAGAUAGAUAAAUUAAUCUAUAAUCAAGUAAUUAUGUCCGCCAUUGACCAAUUGCAGGCGAAAAUCGCCGAGCUCAAGUCUGAAUUGGAGCAACAUAAAAAUGCUUCACGCGCAGCACGUGAACGUAUAGAAAAGAUGUCUGCGGAAGUUGUUGACUCAAAUCCUUAUAGUCGCCUUAUGGCACUCCAGCGAAUGGGUAUUGUUAAGGAAUAUGAACGCAUACGUGAUAAAACCGUAGCGGUAGUGGGUGUUGGCGGAGUAGGCAGCGUAACAGCUGAUAUGUUAACAAGAUGCGGCAUUGGUAAACUAAUCCUUUUUGAUUAUGACAAAGUGGAAUUAGCAAAUAUGAACCGCCUGUUUUUUACACCUGAUCAGGCUGGUUUGUCGAAAGUCGAAGCUGCAGCACGCACGUUGAGUUUUAUUAAUCCCGAUGUACGCAUCGAAACGCACAAUUAUAAUAUAACAACUGUGGAAUCAUUCGAUAAAUUUUUAAACACAAUUUCUACUGGAGGUAUCAUAAUUGAUACGCCAGUUGAUCUUGUCCUCAGUUGUGUUGAUAAUUUUGAAGCACGUAUGGCUAUAAAUUCUGCGUGUAAUGAACUCGGCUUGAAUUGGUUUGAGUCGGGUGUUUCUGAGAAUGCCGUCUCAGGUCAUAUACAAUUUAUACGUCCCGGUGAAACUGCAUGUUUUGGUUGUGCACCUCCAUUAGUGGUAGCCGAAAAUAUUGACGAGAAAACAUUAAAACGUGAAGGAGUCUGCGCCGCUUCUUUACCUACCACUAUGGGCAUAACAGCUGGUAUGUUGGUGCAGAAUACACUAAAGUAUUUACUUAACUUCGGUGAAGUUUCGGACUAUUUGGGUUAUAAUGCAAUGAAUGAUUUCUUCCCACGUAUGAGCUUAAAACCGAAUCCUCAAUGCGAUGAUCGCCAUUGCCAGGAGCGUCAGAAAGAAUAUCAAGCACGACCGAAAGCCGUAGUAGAAGAAAGGGGGGUAGAAGAUGAUUUACCCAUUCACGAAACGAAUGAAUGGGGCAUAGAGUUGGUGGAUGAUUCACCAACUGUUGCAGAGGAAGUGAAAAUUUCUAGAAAUAAUGUUGCGACAGGUCUGCGUCUUGCAUAUGAAGCGCCUGAUAAUACCAAUGCUGAUGCACCAACAGUUGCUGCUGUAGCCAAUGUGGAUUUAGAUGACUUAUUUGCACAAAUGAAGGCAUUAUAAAGUGAUGGUGAAAAUCGAAAUUAUUCCAAUAGUUUAGGUUAAAAGAAAUUAUAUUAUUUUUUAUAGUUAUCCAUAUAAAAUUG